ACCGCACAAGAAAGACAGAGAGAUAUACAUACGGCAAUUUACUAUGCUUAUCUUGUUUUUGUCAAAUUAGUUUAUUUUAUAGCAUGAAUAAUAUUGCGACUUUGGCAGUUUUUUUUUCAUAUAUACUUUCGGAAUCUAUCUUUGAUACUGAUUUUUCAUUGAAAUUUUGGAUUUUUGUUGAAAGUGAGUAAUUUUGGUUAGAAAUUGAGAUGGAUGGGAAUAAUUGGAGGGCAGCUCAGGCUCAGGGAGGUGGUGGUGAAGGUGGCGGAGCGGCUGCCGGAGCUAUGGAUUCCGGUGAUUGGCGAACUCAACUUUUGCCCAACACUCGUCAAAGGAUUGUCAACAAGAUAAUGGAGACCUUAAAGAGGCAUCUUCCUAUCUAUGGGCAAGAAGGAUUACUGGAGCUUAGGAAAAUUGCUGUGAGGUUUGAAGAAAAAAUUUAUUCUGCUGCUACAAGUCAGCAAGACUAUCUUCGGAAGAUAUCUUUAAAGAUGCUGACGAUGGAGACAAAAUCUCAAAAUCCUAUAACCAAUUCUAUUCAGCCAAAUCCUGCAAGUAGUGAUCAGAAUGCCCUUGGUCCAGGAUCCCACAGCAUGCAAUCCCAAGUUAACAGCCAAGCACAGCAACUUCCUGUACCUAUGGCACAAAAUACAUAUGCACAUCAGCCACCUACCAUGGAUUUUGAUGGGCUAGAUAUUGCUUCGGAGUUGGAGUUUGAUAGACUUCUGAGUUUGAUUGAUUAGAUGGUAGUUAUGAUGGACUGUGUCAUGGAUGGAAUGGUUUUGGUACUUCUGGUAUUGAUAGAUUGGGUUGUAGUUUUGAUGGAUUGAGUUCUAGUACUAAACGUGAUGAGCUUUUAGCGCAUGAAGGGGUUAUGUAAAGUACUCGCAAACUCAUGCACCCCUCCCUAGAUUAUGUAAAGUACUCGUGAACCCAUGCAUCCUUAGAUUAUGUAAAAAGUACUGAAUCUUUUGAAUUACUUAUAUUUUAUGUGGGAACCCUAGCAAAAAUUUGAAAUAUCCAUCUCCAAUUUUUUCU